AUGUCUGUGAGAACACUGUACGUUCGCAACUUGAACGAAAAACUGGCCCCCGCCAAGCUCCGUGCCGCCCUGGAGCGUCUGUUCACUGAAACUGGCGUGCCUGUCGCGGAUAUCCGGCUGUUCAAGAACCUCCGGCUGCGGGGCCAGGCCUUUAUCACUCUGUCCUCGCACAACGAUUGUCUCCGUGCAAUCGACUCUCUCAACACCAAACUGCUCUACAACAAGCCCCUCGACAUGUACCUCGCAAAAACCAACAGCGACCUCGCAAUGGAGAACGAACCAGACUUCGACGCGUACCUGGCCGACCAACGCAGAAUCCGGCUCGAAAACCGUACAAAGAAACGGAAACUCGCACCGCAAACUCACACAACCGCCAAGAAACGCAGACUUCCCGGUGCCCGCACGUCAGAGCCAAACAAAAUCCUGCUGCUCACAAAUCUACCGCCAACAACCACCAAAGACCAGGUCGUGGGCCUGUUUGAAAGCUACACAGGCUUCCUCAACGUUAACCUCGUGCAAAUCCGUAACUUGGCCCUGGUGGAGUUCCGCUCAGAAACAGAAUCAGCAAGAUGUCUCGACAGUCUGGGAAACUCGGUGAAAAUCAACGGAUCCGACUGCUACCUACAAUUUGCAAAGAAAUAA